AUAUAUUUGAAUAUGAUAAUUGAAUCGCAGCCAAAAGCAAUGCCACACAAUUCCCAUUUUCAUAACACAGACCCCUGAGUGACUGCUGUGGGGAGAAGGAGAUGCUGGGGCUGGGCAAACUCACUGCAGGAGAGCUUGAGACGGAUAAGGAGGGAACUCUCAAGGUGCAUGGAUUGCCUAUGCUUGAGUUUGCUGCUGUCAUGCACAAAUUGGAUCUUCACUUCUGAGAACUCCUAGUUAAAACAUCUGAGAAAACUAGCACCUCCAACAAAAUGCUGCAGGGUGUGAACAUCUGCUGGAGCCACUUGCUCCAUGGUGCUUCUGACUCAAUGGAAAACCCAGGAAGACACCCACCAUCCUUAUCAAGAUGCAACUAGUCCAGACGCUGCUGCAUCAUAACGUUUUUCAGCUCAUGUCACUGAUGACUCAGCCUCCACUCACAGCAGUCCCUCGGGGACUAUUUCACUCUAUCUUUCCUCCAGAGGCCACUCCAUAAUCUGUACAAUCCACUGAGCUUUGGAUCAGCUCUUCUUUCGCUGUGGCUGCUCCUCAGUGCUCCUAUGACACGGUGCUGCAAACUGCCUCGGAAGGCAGGAGCGAAAGCAGACAGCCCAGUAUCUCCGUUAGCUUUGUAGAUUGGGGCACAUGAAUUAACAAAGCCUCUGUUCAAGGUGAUGUUCUUGUAGGGCCAUUGCCAACCACUGAGGGGUUUAUAUGGCCACUUGGGGUUUUUUUCUCUCUGCUGUGAUUCUGUGGGUUACUUUCCCAAAGAUAAUUAUAUGACUCAGGAAGACAAACGCAUACCUCACAUACUUGCGGGAACUGUAAUGCCAAUAGGUGGUGUAGAGUGUUUUGAAGCUCUUUGAACACACAAGAACAGCUGAAUUCCCGUGACUUACCUACCCAAGCCAAAGCAAGUCCAGGCAAUGGCUGCAUAGUUUUUGUGAAGCCCUUACCCAACAGAGGACAAACAUCUUCCUGAGAAAGAUUUAUUCUUGCAGCACCAAGGCACGGAUGGUUUUUCUUGCCGGAGAUAUCACGGGUGUUCUGUCAGAGAGAGCAGCAGGAGGCAUUGCAAGCAGAUUUUUGAUGCUGCAGAUCAGAAAUGGACCCUGGUGAAAACUGGAAGCUGGAUGAAAUCAACUGGUUGUCCCAUAGUGGGAUCCAUUCCUUUGCCAGUGUGAAAGGAGAUAAUGAGCUCUCUGAAGGUGCCCCAGCCCUCUUUGCUCUGGAUCAGCUGGGCUCCACAUCUGUUUGUUACAAGCCUACCAGCCCAGUCCAGGUACUGGAAAACACUGGCUUUCUUUACCAGGAUCACCAGUUGUUUGCUGGCAGGCAUGAAGUUUCUCCAAUAACAGCUGAAGCAGCCAGUGCCAAAGAAAAAGCUGCUGAGGAAGCCCUCUGCACCCUGCGCCCACCCAGCUUCCGCCGGGUCCCAGAGGCGGAGAUGCGAGGGGCAGAGGAGGUGGCAGCCGGCACCGUCCUGCAGCGCCUGAUCCAGGAGCGGCUGAGGUAUGGCAACCCCAGCGAGAACAUGAACCUGCUGGCCAUACAGCACCAGGCAACGGGUAGCGCCGGCCCCUCCAACAGCACUGCCAGCACUCUCUCUUCCGCAGAAAACCUCGUGCCCGAAGAGCCGCCAAUGGUCCAGCCAUCAGGGCGGCAGGAACCUCAGGGGCAGGAGCACCAGGGGGACGGUGCUGCGAUGGAGAAGCAGCCCCGCGCCCCGCAGCCCCCGCAUGGCACUGAGGAGCUCCCCACCUAUGAGGAGGCCAAGGCCCAGUCUCAGUUUUUCCGAGGCCAGCCAUCGGCUACCACCGCGGCCGCUACAGCUUUUUAUGGCUCAUCCAGCCAGAAGUCGAGGACGGAGGGGAGGCCGACGGUGAACCGAGCCAACAGCGGGCAGGCGCACAAGGAUGAGGCGCUGAAAGAACUGAAGCAGGGCCAUGUCCGCUCGCUGAGCGAGAGGAUCAUGCAACUCUCGCUGGAGAGGAACGGGGCCAAGCAGCACCCACCACCCCUGGCGGGUGGGAAGGGCUUCAAGGCGGCCCCACCGCCUGGCAAGACCACAGACCCGCGGGGUCCACCGCCCGAGUACCCCUACAAGGGCAAAGUGGCCACCCCCAGCAGCAAGGCGCAGGAACACGGGCUCUUCUAUGGCGAGCAACCAGCGCAGGAUGUUCUCAAAGCCUCCUACGCCACACCCCAGCCUGCCCGGGCAGAGGUCGCCCUCGUCCGCUACCAGCCACCCCCAGAGUAUGGGGUCAGCAGCCGACAAUGCCAGCCGCCCUUUGCGCCACCGCCGGCCCAGCAGCACAGUCCCAUGUCCUCACAGGCCACUACGGGUGCUCUGCUCCCAGGAACCUUGCCACCACUGCCAGCCCCCGCUGCUGCCCAGCCACCAACACCAACACCACUGGGUCAGCAGCUGACGCCUGACGCCUUCGCCAUCGUGGAGCGGGCACAGCAGAUGGUGGAGAUGCUCUCCGAGGAGAACCACGUGCUGCGGCAGGAGCUGGAGGGGUACUACGAGAAGGCAGACAAGCUGCAGAAGUUUGAAAUAGAGAUUCAGAGGAUUUCAGAAGCUUAUGAGGGCCUGGUCAAGACCACCACUAAGAGGGAGUCUCUGGACAAAGCAAUGAGAAACAAACUCGAAGGAGAAAUUAGGAGACUUCAUGACUUCAACAGGGAUCUCCGUGAACGACUGGAGACAGCCAAUAGGCAACUCGCCAGCAGAGACUUCGAUGGGCAUGAGGAUAAGUCAACAGAGGGCCUUUAUGUCUCUCAGAACAAAGAGCACUUGAAAGAGAAGGAGAAGUUGGAGAUGGAGCUGGCAGCUGUGCGCUCUGCCAAUGAGGACCAGCGGAGGCACAUCGAAAUCCUCGACCAGGCCCUAAACAAUGCGCAAGCCAAGGUCAUCAAACUGGAAGAAGAGCUGCGCAGGAAGCAGGCCUACGUGGAGAAGGUGGAGAAGCUGCAGCAGGCACUGACACAGCUGCAAGCAGCCUGUGAGAAGAGGGAGCAGAUGGAGCGACGUCUGCGCACACGCCUGGAACGGGAGCUGGACUCACUGCGGAUGCAGCAGAGGCAGGGCAGCUACCAGGCGAGCAGCCUCCCGGAGCACAACGCCCCGGCCCUGAUGGAGCUGGUGCGGGAGAAAGAGGAGAGGAUCCUGGCACUGGAAGCUGACAUGACCAAGUGGGAGCAGAAAUACCUGGAGGAGAGUACCAUCAGGCACUUUGCCAUGAACGCUGCAGCCACAGCUGCAACGGAGAGGGACGGCUCGGCCCCGAGCCACUCACGCAAUGGCAGCUACGGUGAAAGCGCGCUGGAGGUGCGGGGCUGGCAGGAAGAGGAGGAGAUUGUGCAAGCCAACCGGCGAUGCCAGGACAUGGAGUACACAAUAAAGAAUCUCCAUGCAAAAAUAAUUGAGAAGGAUGCCAUGAUCAAGGUCCUUCAGCAGCGGUCACGGAAGGACCCAGGGAAAGCUGACAGCGCCAGCCUGCGACCGGCUCGGUCGGUCCCCUCUAUCGCCGCUGCUACGGGUGUGCAUUCACGCCAGACUUCACUCACCAGCAACCAGAUAGCUGAGGAGAAGAAAGAAGAGAAGAUCUGGAAGGGAAGCAUAGGGCUGCUCUUGGGAAAGGAACACCAUGACCACCCAUCUGGACCCUCACUACCUCCUCCACUGCCCUCCUUGUCCUGCAUGCCUGUCCCAGUGCCAGCAGCCUCCCACACGAAGACAGGUAGCAAAGACAGCAGCACCCAGACAGACAAAAGCACAGAGCUCUUCUGGCCUGCCACCGCUUCCUUCCCUGGCCGUGGACGGCUGGGCACCACGCCAUCACAUAGCCCGGUCCCAAGGCCCCCAGGGACACGAGUGGCCAGCGAGAAACUGGAGAACUCAAGCCAUGGGAAGCUGCCUGAUAGCAAAGGCAAAGUGAGCAGCUUGCUUCACAAGCCCGAGUUUCCAGAUACGGACAUGAUGGAAGUCCUCAUCUGAGCAGAAGACAACAUCUCUGGGGUUUUGUGUGCAUACAGCCAGGUCCAAGAUGGUCCUCAGUGUGCUGAGCUUAAAAACUAACCCUAAGAGUUUGAAGAAAGUUAGAGAAAGUUUUUGCCUGAAACAAAGCUUGAGUCUGAUAUGUUAGACUUUGGACCAGGUGAGAAGCCAAGAAUGCUGAAGAAGAGUGAUGAAAUGAACGUCUGGGAUUUUCUCAGCAGAAGGAGGUGUUGAAAAGGAAUGUGGCAUGAGAAGGAGAUUGUUGAGGGAAAAGGAAGCUGCAUUUUCUGGUGCAAAGAGAAUGUAGUGAAAUUACAGACUGGGUACAAACUGCCAUUCUGUUUUCCUCCCUCUCUGCAGCCAGGACAGGGAGUGAAAUCCUGGCUCUUUUGAGGCCAGAGGGAGUUUCUGAAUAACCUGGGAGAAACUUGCUUCUCCCUCAGUAUCAAUUUCUCAAAAGUGUUCACUGUGUAAUUUUGGUGAAUAAUUGGUCUGUAGAUGUAUAUGACAGGUUCUUGUAAGUAUUUGUUUGAAGUGGGGUGGUGUGGUUUCCCUGGGCAGGCAAGUCAGGUGCCUCUUUCCUGGCUGGACAAGUAUUGCUCUUGGAGCUAGAUUUACAAUGCAAAUAUUCAUGUCUUGCAACAUCAGAGCUUGCUGGGACUUCUUUUUUUGGUAGGAACCAUUGUUGGCUGGAAAUCUCAUGGACAAUGAAAGUAGGCGCGGGGAGGAGAACCUGCUGAAGCAAUUCCUUUUGUAAGGAUGGGAAGGUUUCAGGAGGGAAAGAUGGGAGACAAUCCCGGCAGCACCUGGAAAGAGUGUGCAGUGCAGAAGCUCAUUCGGAGGUUGAGGUUGAGUGGAUGCAUUUCCAGCAAAGUUAGGGUGGGCUUGCAUGUGAGAUCAGAAGAUGCCUCUAACCGUGCACUGGUUUAUAGUAGUGGCAGAUUCAAUGUGUUUGUGGUACAGCCAAAUCAUAGAAUCAUAGAAUCAUUAAGGCUGGAAAAGACAUCAAGUCCAGCUGUCAGCCCGACACCACCAUGCCAAUGAAACCAUGUCCCAAAGUGCCAUGUCUACAUGUUUUUUUAAUAUGUCCAGGGAUGGUGACACCUCCACUUCCCUUCCUGGAGCAUAGCAGCAUGCUGUUCAAGCCGAAAUGGGACUGGGCAUUAAGGGGUGUAGGAUCAGGCUGAGAAGGGUUUAACAGCAAAGCAAAGCAAACAAAGCAUGCGUGUUAUCUGUUUUCUGUGCUCAGCUGCAGUUUCUUUUCACUUUCUUUUACCCAGAAUGGAACAUUUCUAAUUUUCAGCUUAGUCCUCGAUUUCUGUAAGAGGGGGAAACUGUAAGAAGGCCAACACCAGCUGUGUUAAUCAUGGCACACUAUUUGCUUCAGACAUUGCACAUGCUGAUUGGGAAAUUUUCCUCUUUGAGGUAUUUUUGUAUUGGCUUUGUGGUUUCUGAACCUUGUGGUGCACUUAGUGACAUUAGGAAAAGAAAGUUUGCUUUGGGAAAAAGGGUGAUAGGCUUUUAUGUGAAGCUGCUUAGAGUGGAAAAGCGAUGGGUGCUGGCAGUUAUUGUGUGCUGAGAGCUGGCGCAAAGUCACCCCUUCUUGUAGGUAUCGAGUUGGACUCCUUGAUGGUGUAAACACCUGGCACUUUAAACUCCACUUUCACUGAAAACUGAAGUCCUUGCAACCUCAGAGCCUUCAGGAGCCAGAGCCUUGUGCUCAAUACUGCCUGGCUGAUACUGUUUCUUUUAAAAUAACAAAAAACCCCAGAAUUGCUAUGUUAAAUCUAUGCACUUAUUUUUGCGUGUACGUAGAAUUAGACAUAUGUCACUGUCGCCCUCUUUCUGAUUUUUGCACUUGUUAAAUAAAGUAGUGGUAGGUAAGUUGUGCGAGCAAGCAGACUCUGUGUUUCGAGUAUUAUGAGCUUUGCAUUGUGGAACCAAAUGUGUAAAACCCUUGGAAGAUGUUAUGUGGCUUAAUAUACGCCUUGUAAAAUAAUUUUAUUUUUCUCUAAAGUUAAUUUAAGUGUUGUUAAGUGUUUGCAUAAAAGCCAGGUCCAUGCAUGGCAGCAGCGCUGACCGGGCUUUUUGGCCCUUCCUCGAGUGUCUGUGGUAGGAGCGGAGCAGGAGAAAGACAAAUGCAAGUAAAGUGAUGGUGAAUAUUUCAUUUCAUUUCAUUUCAUUUCAUUUCAUUUCAUUUCAUUUCAUUUCAUCAUUUUUCUCCAAGAUAUAAGGAUACCCGGGUGCUUGGAAGUCCUUAAGUGUUUUAUUACCGACUGUAUUAUUUCUUUUGAUGAAACUAUUUAAGAAUUUGUGUCCAGGCAGAUAGUUAAGCAUCCAGCAGAAGCGGUGUUGGAUCAGCGUGUUGUGAUGUGGCUUUCAGUUAUGUUUGGUAGUGAUACAGCUCAGCUUCUCCAAGUCAGAGCUAGAGUACAGCACUCCUCCUCCUUGUGGAGACCACAGUCCCUCCAGUUUCUGGUAUCCCACGGUGCAUUUACAACCGAUGCUGCCCCAGAUGCAUGGAAAUUGAUUGUAGGCAAUCAGUCAUGGUGUAGGCAAUUCCCAUUUGCUUUUGGAGUUCCAACUCAAAGGUUGAUUCUCCUCAAUUGUGUUGAACUCAAGUGAUGUUACUUUUCCUGGAGGAAAGAUCUGGAGAAGCCGCAGGUCUUCCCUCAGCCCAAGAAAUGGCAGGACUUGUGUGGAGCACUACUGCUGUAAAUCAGCCCCUCUCAGCAGAGCAGUGCAACUCCUUGCUGGUUUUCCCAGCUCUUUGAACUGUUUUAUGUUUUGGGAAACUGUGCUGUAGCCAUUCCAGGUGAUGUUGGUAACUAGUUGUAAAAUACUGUCAUUUUUUAUUGUCAUUAGUUGUAUAGAGAAGUUGGUGUACAGUGUUGUACAGCUGGAGGGUUAUUUGUACAUAGGUGGGAAAAUGAACAUUAUGUGUCACCCACAGCAAAUAUUGAUAUUGUUGGUCAGCCAAAGAUUUCUUAUUCUUUGCUGUUAAAACUUGUGCCUUAAUAUUGUAUAUAAUAAAUGUAUAAAC